AUGGACCAUAUUGAUCCAACCAGCCUUGAGCCUGUCGCCAGCUCUGUGCUCUUUGCUUACAUCCAGGACUUGUACCAACCGCCGAAUUUUCUAGCUUCGUCUGUCUUACACGCUGCCAAAACUACUACAAAACGCUUGAGAAUCUAUCUCAUAUCUCCAUUCUUCGAUGUGCCUCGAAGGAAUGCGGGUGCUGACGCUGCAAGUGAGGCAGCAGGGAUAUCGCACACGAAGCAUUGGUAUGGGGUGCAGAGGCUGCUGACGUUCGUCUAUGUCCAAGCGACGAAAGUCGCACAGGAUUCCGACAGGGUGUUGAUGGACAUUGAUGUUCUGCUGAAGGGAUCGAAGGAUGUCCUAUCAGAGAAAGUGAUCCAGGAUGCGCAGCGUAUCUUCUGCGUUUUGCUACAAAGUGGCGGCACACCCGACCUCCCGCUGUUCCUACGACAGCGGACAGACAUCAUUUCGUUACCGCCCGAUGACCAUCCGUUACACUCACUUCACCCAAUCCCUCCAGCCCCAGACCCGAGCGUACCACCUAUGCUGCACGUCGUCGCUCUGGGCGGCACAUUUGAUCACCUCCACGCAGGUCACAAGAUUCUGCUCAGCAUGGGUGCCUGGAUCGCCAGCGAGAAGCUCAUCGUCGGAAUUACUGACGAUGCGCUGUUGAAGAAAAAAAUAUACAAGGAGGUCCUCGAGUCGCUGUCAGUGCGCACCGAGAGGACCCGCACGUUCCUCGAGCUGUUCAAGCCUGGUCUCGUCUAUGAUAUUGUGCCCAUCAGCGAUGUGUACGGCCCAACGGGUUGGGAUCCGAACAUCCAAGGGCUGGUGGUCAGCAAGGAAACUUUACCUGGCGCCUCAUCCAUCCACAAGUGGCGCGAGGAGAAGAGACUUCCUCCACUUCACACCUUCGUCAUCGACGUAAUUUCCUCCACUGAAGCGAGUGUCGACGACGACGAUGCGGAGGUGCUCAAGAAGACCAAGAUGAGCAGCACCUACAUCCGGGAAUGGAUCGUGAACAACGAAGCACGGACCGUGCAGCCGUAG